AACCAAAUUUCGUAAACAACAUCGAGGAAGACUAAAAGGAAUAUCCUCUCGUGGAAAUCGUAUUUGUUUUGGCAGAUAUGCUCUUCAAAAACUUGAACCUGCUUGGAUUACAUCUAGACAAAUAGAAGCAGGGCGACGAGCAAUGACACGAAAUGUACGACGUGGUGGAAAAAUUUGGGUACGUAUAUUUCCAGACAAGCCAGUUACAGUAAGACCCGCGGAAACGCGUAUGGGUUCUGGGAAAGGAUCCCCAGAGUACUGGGUAGCUGUGGUUAAACCAG